GAAAUCCCUUAUCCCCCUUCCCCUCUUUCCUUCACACACACACACACACACAUGUAUAUAUAUAUAAGUCUCCUUGAAACAUCAAUGCAUGGAGACAUCAAGAUCAGCUUCUUCGAACCCCUCAAGGAUACUAGUGGUGAGAUGUUCAGGGGAAUGUUGUCUGGUUCGAGAACAUUCUAGCUUCCAUCCAUAUUUAUGCAGAAUGAUCUCGGACCAGGCUUCAUUCCCCUCGGCUCUCUUAAACUUUUCUCAUUGCUCAUCACUCUAGGUAUGCUAGUCUUUUCUUGAUGAAACCAGAAAUUGUACACAUUGUUCUUUAAAAAGUAUUUUGUGAUUUGUUGUUAUGAAUUUGCUCAAAAGAUUUUCUUUUGGGGCUGAUGAAGAUAUGCAUGGAAUUAAUUCAAUCCAAGGUAAUGAUAUGAUAUGAUAUCAAAGUUUGGAUUAAGAAACUGUCAUUUGGAUCAAAUUUUCUUGUUUGUCAUGCUGUGUGUGUGUGUGUGAAUAUUUCAAGUGGGAUUUAAGAAAAUAAUAUGUGGAGGGAGAGGGAGAUGCCAAAAAUUUCCUUUUCUCUAAAAAGUAAAGCAAUAAUUAGUCUUGUGACCAUUUGGUUUAGAAUUUUGUUGUUUAGUUUAUCAUUCAACGCUUUCACCGAAUUCUUUGAAAAACAGGGGAAGAAUAUUGGUGUGGAAAUGCGACUAAUUCGGUUAGGUACUGGGGAGAAUGCUACCGCAGAGGUUGAAGAAGGUUGUUACAGACAACCCCAAGAAAGUUGCAUCUUUGAUCGACAUUGUUAAUUUGCCUACCGUGCUUAGAGAUUUCAUGGGCCAGUCUCAAAGUUCACAACUCAGUUGCUUUAAGCGUGUUUGGGGUUAUAUCAAGGAUAACAAUCUCCAGGAUCCCGUCAACAGGAAUGUAGUCAACUGCGAUCCGAAGCUGAAGAGCAUUCUAUUGGGCAAGUCCACGAUUGAUCUCACUGAACUUCCCCCGUUGAUCAAGUUGCAUUUUCCAAAGCAGCCUGGCAGUUGAGGGCCCUGACUCUGGAUUUGCAGUUUUGCACUAGGUUUAAGUUUGUGUUGGAUUAAUGGAUGUUGGAUUUCAGUUUUAGUAAUUUCACAUAUGUUUUUACCUUGAAAAAAAUUGGAUUGGAGAAAGAGAAUAUAUUCUUGUACUUCUGCUGUCAGUAAUUGCUAAUGAUAGUUAUUUACCUCAAAUAAUUAAUAAAUGUGGGCUUCAAUGUA